GGUCAUUGCGUCCGUUGCACGGAGUCUUUCUACAGAGAGAAUGUUGCAGGUGAACUGGAAGGACGGCACGUCGGAUCCGAAGAGAGGAGACGGAUGAUGGAGAUCCUGCGGCGCAUGCAGCAGCUGCAACAGGAGGAGGAUCAGGAUAGCGACAAUUUGGAAGAAGAGGAGGAUGAAGAGGAGGAUGGGGCUUCUGACGAAGAAAAUUCUGUCGAACGGCGUCAUACGCAAGGUGGUGGUUUUGCCUAAUUAGUAAUUUCUGCAUUCCUGAGGGGUCUAGGUUUUGCCUAAUCUCUGCAUUCCUGAGGGGUCUAGGUUGCCUGUUCCUCCCAUUUCCGGCAUGUAUUUCAUUUAUAUCAAAUUAUAUGUGUAUUUAAUAUUUAUAUUUAUUUUGAUUUUUAUUGUUGAAUGGAAGCCUAGGCCUUAU